GUUUCUUCGUAUUUGUUAACAUCUAAAAAUAAUGAUGGUAUAGAAUUAACACAUUUAAAGGAAUUAAGAAAAUUAAAGAAUUGAAACUAAAAUCUCAGGAUUUUGUACAGUCAUAAUUUGUCGGGGAAAAGCAUUACAUUACGUAAUCUUAAUAAUAAAUUGUCUGAUAUGAAUUUUAAAUUGCCAUUAAACAAAACAACAAACCAUGAAAUAUCUGUCGGAACUUAUGAUAAAUACCUAGACGAUGAACAUAUUUUGCAUAAGACAAAUUUACUGCCGGCUAGCGUUAAAGACUUAAUAUUUCAUCAUAGUUCUAACCAUUCGAACGCAAAGUUCAUUACUUUAGAAAAUGGGAAAUAUAUACAUAUUCUAUGGCAAGUUCCUCAAAUGCUUUUAAUUACAAUAGGCGAAGUUAUGGUCGUGAUUACAUCAUUGGAGUUUUCGUUCACCCAAGCUCCAUUAAGUAUGAAGUUCUUUAUAUCAGCAGCCAAUUUAUGUACUCAAGCAGUUACAAAUUUACUUAUAGUUAUUAUAUCUAAGAUGAAAUUGUUUGAAAUCAAAUUCAUGAAUACAUAUUUUAUAUAAUAUUAACAAUUUUAAGCUUAAUAUUAUUUAUGUUUAUGAGUGCAAAGUAUAAGUAUAAAUGUGUAAUAGAUGACCAAUCAAAAAAAAUGAGCAAUAAUUUUUAAAUAUUUUAAUAUACCUAGGUAUAUACCAAUUAUAUUUAGGUGCAACAACAUCAAAGAUCGAAAUUAUUACUCAUCGAAAUCUUCAAAGGACUUUACAUUUGAAUUUUGUUAUCGUUUUAAAUUGCUCAUAAUAAUUUAUAUUUAUUGUUAAUUUAUAAUUUACAUUAUAAUUUUAUAUUUAUGCAUAUAAUAUUUAAUAUUUAUGGUUUGUUAUUAUUAGAUAGAUACUUUAAUUUUCUUUUCUUUUACACAAUUGAUAUAAUUUGGUGAAUUGUACAAGCACAACAAAAUAAGUAGGUAGUUAGAAUAGGGGCAUUGAAAUUGGCUUAAUCACUAAUAAGCUUAAAUACCUUAAGUAUUUUAUUCAAUAUAUAUUUAUAUAGUAGUUAAUAUUAUAGGUAGGGGAUAGGUACCGUACCUAUCUACUAUCUAUAACUUUUAUAAUUGCGGUGACUACUAUGUAAUAAAAUAAAAAUAACAAUUAAUUGUGAUUCUAGUGUGGUAGGUAGUGUUAACAUAAAAUAAAUACUUCAUGGCCAUUAUACUUUUUUGCUUUAUAUAGCUGAUGAGUCAAUGAAAUAAUUAUACACACUGUUAAAUUUCAGCAACUUUUUAAUUAAAUACAUAAAAUAUGUAAAAAAUAAUAACGAAAACUAUUUGUUUAUAUCACGUUUUUGUAAUAAUUAAUUAAAUACUACAAAUUUGUUAAAUUUAUUCAAUAAUUUAGUUUAUUAAGUUCUAUAUAAUGCAAAAAGAAGGAAAUGGAUAUCCAAAAGCAGUCUGGUAUAUAUUCGGAAAUGAACUUUGUGAACGGUUUAGUUAUCAUGGUCUUAAAACUAUUUUAGUUUUAUUUUUUACAACAAUUCAAAAAUAUGACCACGAUACUUCCACGAUUAUAUUUCAUAUGUUUUUGAUCUGUUCAUUCUUAUCACCAUUGUUUGGAGCCAUCAUUGCAGAUUCAUAUUGGGGAAAAUAUAAGACUAUCUUCAUCUUGUCUAUUGUACAUGCGAUGGGAAAUAUCAUAGUGGCUAUUGCAUCUCUUGUCACUUCAGUCAGUUUACAUUUUCAGAGAUCAUUUACAAUAAUCGGAUUAUUGUUAACAUCAAUUGGAGCCGGUGGUAUAAAACCAUGCGUCUCUGCUUUUGGAGGUGAUCAAUUUGUGUUGCCAGACCAAGAACAUCAUCUGCAAAUGUUCUUUUCAAUGUUUUACUUUAUUAUUAAUUUAGGGUCAUUGUUAUCGUCAUCCAUUACACCAGAACUGAGAAAAUCGGUUCAGUGUUUUGGCAAAGAUUCAUGUUUUCCAUUAGCUUUUGGGGUGCCUGCUAUCCUUAUGGUGAUCUCAAUGGUAUUUUUUGUAAUUGGCAAGAAUCUAUACAAAAUCAUUAAGCCCACGUCCAGUAUCAUCACAACUUCAAUUGGAUGCAUAUUUCAUGCAUUGAAAAAAAAAAUAACCACUUCUCCAAAUGAAGAGAAAAAGAAAAAUUGGUUGGAUUAUGCAGAUGAUAAAUACAAUACACGAGAAAUAUUUGAGUUGAGGUCUGCAUUAGAUGUUAUGUAUUUGUUUAUUCCAGUUCCAAUGUUCUAUGCACUUUUUGAUCAACAAGGUUCUCGUUGGAUUUUGCAAGGAACUCUAAUGAAUGGCAAGAUAGAUUUUUUAAAUUGGUCUAUAAAGCCUGAUCAAAUGCAUUUAAUUAAUCCCUUAUUCGUCUUAAUAUUUAUACCACUUUUUAAUGCUGUGGUCUAUCCACUUUUGUAUAAAAUUGGUAUAAAUACACCUCUAAAAAAAGUCACUUUAGGUGGCCUAAUUGCUGCAUCAUCGUUUGUGUGUGCCGCGGUUGUUCAAUAUACUAUAAUUGGUCAAACCUUUACAAUAUCGUCAAAUGAAGGCCAAUUAAGAAUGUACAAUAAUUUUGAUUGCAAUGUAUCUGUAUCCAGCUCUUUGGUUGGAAACUUCACUAUUGAACAAUUAGAUGUAGUUCAUAUUAAUUAUAGUUCAACUGUAUAUAAUGAAACUGAUGUUUUAUCUAUAGAGUUACAUCCCACGUGCGAAUUAAAAAUGAGUACUUCGAUACAACAUGUUUUCAUUGAUAAAGGGAAGGUUUCGUCAUAUUUUUUAACAUCUAAAAAUGAUAAAGAAAUCGAAUUGAAAUAUUUAAAGGAACUGAGGAAAUUAAAGAGCGGAAAUUCAAAUCUUAGGAUUUUGCAAGAUAAUUUCUUCAGUCAAAACAUUAUUUUAAGGAAUACUAAUAAUAAAUUAUCUGAAAUAAGUUUUUCACUUUCGACGAACCCAGAUCAAAAUUAUGAAUUACCUAUCGGAACUUAUGACAUAUAUUUGGAUAAUGAGUCAAUAUUACAAAAUGUUGAUUUUCUUCCUGUUAGUAUUAAUGACCUCUUAUUUCACCAUAAUUUUAACCAAACGAAUGCCAAAUUAAUCACUUUAGAAAAGGGUAAAUAUAUCCAUAUUCUAUGGCAAGUUCCACAAACGAUUUUAAUUACAAUAGCUGAAGUUAUGUUUGUGGUUACAUUAUUGGAAUUCUCAUUCACCCAAGCUCCAUUAAGUAUGAAGUCAUUUCUUUCAGCAGUCAAUUUAUGUACAACGGCAGUUGGAAAUAUACUUAUAGUUAUUAUUUCGAAAAUUGGACAAUUUGAAAACCAAGGCCAUGAGUUCUUAUUUUAUGCUGUUCUAAUGGUUUUGGAUAUGAUAAUAUUUAUGCUAAUGAGCACCAAAUACAAGUAUAAAUGUAUAAAUACCCAAUGAACAGAAUAAACAACUAUCUCUAAAUGUA